GCGCAGUGUUCUUGCAAAAACUAAUAAAUUAUUGUUUAAUAUUUGUAAUUCUUGUGAAGUAAUCAAGAACAGAAAUUGAGAAAAAUGGCCCCAAAUGUCCCAUCUGUGAAGCUUAACAGCGGCCAUGAAAUGCCCAUUAUUGGUCUUGGAACCUGGGGUAGCCCUAAAGGUCAAGUCGUCGAAGCUGUGAAAAUCGCCAUUGAUGCUGGAUAUCGCCACAUUGACUGUGCACAUGUCUAUCAAAAUGAGGAUGAGGUCGGUCAGGGCAUCGAGGCCAAAAUCAAGGAAGGAAUUGUCAAGCGCGAGGAUCUUUUUAUUACAAGCAAGUUGUGGAAUACUUUCCACCGUCCGGACUUGGUAAAGACUGCUUGUGAAAAUACGCUAGAUGCCCUGAAGCUGAAGUAUCUCGAUCUAUACUUGAUUCACUGGCCUAUGGCUUACAAAGAGGGGUGUGACUUGUUUCCCGCCGAUAAAGAUGGCAAGACACUAUUUUCCCCAGUAGAUUACGUUGAGACUUGGCGCGAAAUGGAAAAAUUAGUGGAGGCUGGACUUGUUAAGUCUAUUGGUAUUUCCAACUUCAACAAAAAGCAGGUGGAACGUAUUUUGGAGGUAGCCAAGAUUCCCCCAGCUACUAACCAAAUUGAAUGCCAUCCAUAUUUGACACAAAAGAAGCUUGCUGAUUUUUGUAAAUCGAAGGAUAUUGCCAUUACGGCCUACAGCCCAUUGGGUUCUCCCAAUCGUCCAUGGGCUAAAAAAGAUGACCCCGUUAUUCUUGAGGAAGCCAAGAUAAAAGAGAUAGCAGAUAAGAAGAAGAAAACACCGGGACAAAUCCUUAUCCGUUAUCAAAUUCAACGCAACAAUAUUGUUAUACCAAAGUCUGUGACUAAGGAACGCAUAGAAUCGAACUUCAAAGUUUUUGAUUUUGAGUUGACACCCGAUGAAGUUAAAGCUAUUGAGAGUUUUGAGCGCAAUGGACGUCUGGUGCCUCUACUCAAGGAGGCUGGCGGUCAUAAGUAUUAUCCGUUCCAUGAUGAGUUCUAAAUCGUUAAAAAGCUUAUUUAUAAAUACAAACUCAAAACAGUUGUUGGGACCAAGCAAUACGUAUAUUAAGUGUAAUAACUCAAGAAUCAAAAUGCGGAAAACCACAUGUGUGUUUAUGGUCACCCCCACCAUCCAUUCGAAAACGAUGAAUACUAAGGACAUGCGUUAUCAUCGGUGUGAUUCCUUAAAUCAGAUUUAAUAUUUCUAAUUAAAAUUAAAAUAUGUAGAAAGCUUGCAAAUAAUAAAUAAAUAUAAAAAUAUAUCCAAAGCAAGAA